AACCUCGAGGCCUAAGUUACAACAAUGGGAGAGAGCUCAUCCUAUCAAGUUCGACUGGUGGUGCUGGGAGGGACGGGAGUAGGUAAAUCUUCCAUCAUCAAGAGGUUCCUGUUUAACACUUUUACUGAGAAACAUUCCCCUACUGUGGAGGACAUGCACUACAGAGAAUUCGACUUGGGUACCACGACUCUGAAGGUGGACUUUCUGGACACUGCGGGCGACAUGCAGUUUCCAGCCAUGCGUCGACUUUCCAUAGCCAAUGCGCAAGCUUUCCUUCUGGUGUACACCAUAGACAGCAAGACGUCCUUCGAAACCCUGAAGAAAUGUUUUGAGGAGAUUCGGGAACAGCGAACGGAUUUCCAAGGAGUUCCCAUAAUUGUAGCUGGAAACAAAUUGGACUUGGCUAGUGAACGGCGCGAGCUAGUCAAGGAAGACGUAGCCGAAUGGGUUUUCUGUGAACUCCCUCGACUUCGGGUCAAAUUAAUGGAAUGUUCAGCAAAGGAUAACGUCAACAUGAAGGAACUUUUCCGAUCCUUUCUUAUUUUGGCUAAAAUACCAUUUCAGUCUGAAUCUUCGAGCUUGCACCGCCGCUCCAGUGCACACGCAUCUAGUGGAAAAGCCAAAGGUCCAGAGGAAGGAUAUCAAAAAAGCGAACCACGCAGUCGCAGUUUAAUUCGUCGUGUGAGCAAGAAAGUAUCUAAAAUGCGAGAGAACGUUCACAGUGACAAUGAGACGAAUGACUGUAUCGUAUCUUGAAACUAUUACACUCCCUUGUUUUAACUUUCUUUGUAUCUUUGUUAAGGUAUUGUGUUACUUAGUUGACUUUAUUGCCCGAUCCCAACUCAGGGCUCACCCGCGCGCCCCCUACUGACGGGAAUACCUGAGUGUGCUUUGCUGAUGUUUCAAUGUUGCAACGUAAUGUGUAAAGUAAGGUGAAGAUACAACAUACAUAUCAAAUACUGAUCACGUCCUAACGCCAUUGCCAAAUCACAUAACUUGCUUAAAAUGUGACGUCAUUAUGGUGCAAAACAAUUUUACGUUAAUAAUUUUGGAUAAAUCACUUUUUUUUUUUUAAAUUUUGGCAAAGUAAUUACUACGUUUUCUAAUGACAUGCGUUUUGUAUAAAUGUCUUGAUAGAUAACUACCGAGUAUUAACAAGUGCUAGAAAACACAGGAUCAACACUUGAAUAAUUGAGUAUUAGGAACUGGUUAGAAAACACAGGAUUAACACUUGAAUAACUAGAUAUUACAAAGUACUAAAAAACACAGGAUUAACGCUUGAACAACUGAGUAUUAGGAAGCACUAGAAAACACAGGAUUAAGGCUUGAAAACUGAGUAUUAAGAAAUACUAGAAAACACAGGAUUAACACUUGAACUACUUAGUAUUAGAAAGCACUAUAAGACACAGGAUUAACAGUUGAAUAAUUGAGUAUUAAGAAGUACUAGAAAACACAGGAUUAACACCUGAACAACUUAGUAUUAGGAAGCACUAUAAAACACAGGAUUAAUACUUGAAUAAUUGAGUAUUAAGCAGUACUAGAAAUCACAGGAUUAAUACUUGAAUAAUUGAGUAUUAAGAAGUACUAGAAAACACAGGAUUAAUACUUGAACAACUGAAUAUCAUGAAGUGGCCGGUAAAGUCAAGAUUUUCACUUGAACAACUGAUUAUCGAGAAUUGGCUAGAAAAUAGAAGGUUAACGCUUGAAUAGCUUUAUCUUUAGAACACUUUAAAAAAGCACUAAAGCAAGCCACGCCACAUAACAAUUAGCACAACUAUCAAAUAACAUAGCUGGCCUUUUGUGCUUCCGAUCCUUCUAUUACGUUAGUAUUAGACAGUGUAAUGUUUGUUGAAUAAAACAACGUU